CGCCCGCCUACCUGCCGGGCCCCGCGCUAGGUGAGGCUGGAGCCGCUCGGGAUGCCGGCGGGCGGGGGCAGGCUGAAAGUUGGAGCGAGCAGGAAGUGAAGCGAGGGCCGCCCGGGAGGAAACAGACGAGGCGAGUCUCGCCGCCGACAGGCCCGAGCCGCUUGGAGACAUGGAGGAGGCCAGUGGAGGUGUUGGAAAUGAUCGUGUGCGGAACCUGCAGAGUGAGGUGGAGGGAGUCAAGAAUAUUAUGACCCAGAAUGUGGAGCGGAUCUUGGCCCGAGGAGAAAACCUGGACCAUCUCCGCAACAAGACAGAGGAUCUGGAAGCCACAUCGGAGCACUUCAAGACCACAUCACAGAAGGUGGCUCGGAAGUUCUGGUGGAAGAACGUGAAGAUGAUUGUCCUCAUCUGCGUGAUUGUUUUUAUCAUCAUCCUCUUCAUCGUGCUUUUCGCCACCCAUGCCAUUCCCACAUAGGGAGCCCCUCCUCCCACCCCGCCCUCUUCUUUAGGGCAACCCUCCAUAGCAGGUGCCAAGAAGGGCCCUCUCUUCCAUCCUUGUCUGCAGGAAGUGCUGCUGCGUCCUCCUGCCCCUCACCCUGAGGCCCCUCUGCCACACUGUCUGCCCCAGGCACCUUGGUCCCCCAGAAGGAGAGAGUUGGACUGUGGCUGUUUCAUGGGCCCUCAGAGUUGGUUGGAGAGAUAUCCAGAAGGCCCAGCAUGGGGCUAGGACACUGAUGGUGGCCGGUGGGCAAUAAAGACCUUUCAGUAUCCCUUCA